AUGAAUAUAUGCAACCAAGGUGCAUCGUUCAAAGAUGGAGCCGUGGAAGGUUGCCUCAUUGGUUUGAGCAUCGGAGUCGUUUUAGGGUCAAUAAGAGCCGUGAGUUUGGAUGGAGUCCCACAUUCUGUCGAUGAAACACCGUGUAAAACAUUAAUAACACACGUUAUGGGCGGUAUAAUAUCCGGAGCAUUAAUCGGUGUUGUUUAUAUGACGAAAUUAUCACUUAAUUAA